AUGAGUUUGUCUAGUAAAACAAAAAAACGUUUGUGUGAAUCGUUACAACAACAGUAUCUAAAUCAAAAAUCUAUUGAAUAUAAUGAGGCUAAAAAGCUUUUUACAGGUUUAACGGAUCUUGAUUAUAAAGCUGGUCAUAAAGAGCAUAUAUUUUAUAAAUACUGGUUUGCAUCUAAUGGCCAUGUCAGCUCUUCUGAUAAAAACGAAACAGUACUUUUAGAGGCAUACCAGCCUGAAGAGAUCCAUUCUCAAUAUAUAAUUCGGAUGGCAGGAAAAGGUUAUACAGUGAUUGAUCAUCCUAGCGAAGUUUAUAGAAUACCUGAUACUCAUGAAUGUAUUGAUGGUAACCAGCCUCUUCGUUUGAUUAUUGAUAUUGAUGCAAGGCAAAAGCCUGAUCCAUCUAAUUCUGAACUUCCUUCUCUAGAUAGUAAGAAAAUUACUCAUGGAGAUUUGAUGUCUCAAAUUUUAGUUGCUUGUGCGGAUGCAUUAAGCCUAAUACCAGAUU